AUGGAAGAAGAGGUGGAUACCUCUAUUACUCGAAAUGGUCGAAAUACGACUGGCCCUGGAGCUGUUGCAGAGAUCACGAAAGAGUUAGCCUACAACUCGAACGGAGAUCCUUUCUUCUUGCACAGUUCAAAUCAUCAUGGAAUGAUGCUAGUUACAACACUAUUAAUUGGAAACAACUACCUCACCUGGAGCAGAUCUAUGAAGAUAGCUCUGGGUGCGAAGCUGAAGCUGGGUUUCGUAGAUGGAAGGAUUGCUCAGCCAAAUGAAGGAACAACAGAGUUUGAGCUUUGGACAAGGGUGAACUACAUGGUAACUUCCUGGAUCCUUAACUCAAUCUCAAAAGAAAUAGUAGAUGCUUUUCUAUAUACUACUACAGCUAAGGAACUCUGGGAUGAAAUUGCUGAAAGAUUUGGUGAAAGUAAUGGGCUUUUGCUUUAUCAAAUCCAAAGAGAUAUAAGUUCAAUAUCUCAAGGGAAUGAAUCGGUAGCUAAGUAUUAUACUAGACUUAAAAGGCUGUGGGAUGAAUUGACUUGUUUAAUGCCUAUUCCACCUUGUACGUGUGGUUCCGCUAAGGCAGUUGUCGAUUUGCAUUCAUUCAAUAGAUUAAUGCAAUUUCUGAUGGGUUUAAAUGACUGUUAUGAUAAUAUAAUGAGUCAAAUCCUUGUAAUGAAAUCCUUACCCUCUGUGAACCGUGCUUAUUCCUUGGUUCUCAGAGUUAAGAAACAGAGAGAAGUACACAUAGCUUUUAAUGAGAACAUAGACUCUACUGAGUUAUUUGCUAAAACCCAAAACACUAAUCAACCAUACAGAAGGGGUGGAACUAAUAAGGGAAAUACUAAGAAGAUAGACAUGGGUCGGAAGGAUAGGGAUAGCAAGUAUUGUGAUCAUUGCAAUGUGAAGGGACAUGUAAAGGAGACUUGCUUCAAGCUCCAUGGAUACCCAGAAUGGUAUAAGGAUCUUAAGGAGCAGUAG